GGUGGGGCCCGGAGGAGUGCCGCCUCUCUUUCCCGGAGCCCGGGAGCAGAGGGAGGAAAACUUCCUGGCCUGGGCUACCAGCGGCUCUGUUCGCCAACCCUCCGAUCCCGCCCACCAGUGCCCGGCGCUUCCUCACCCCUCCCCCGGCUCUCUUAGUGUCCGCCAUGGCCAAAGCCUACGACCACCUCUUCAAGUUGCUGCUGAUCGGGGACUCGGGGGUGGGCAAGACUUGUCUGAUCAUUCGCUUUGCAGAGGACAACUUCAACAACACUUACAUCUCCACCAUCGGAAUUGAUUUCAAGAUCCGCACUGUGGAUAUAGAGGGGAAGAAGAUCAAACUGCAAGUCUGGGACACAGCUGGCCAAGAGCGAUUCAAGACGAUAACUACUGCCUAUUACCGUGGAGCCAUGGGCAUUAUUCUAGUAUACGACAUCACAGACGAGAAAUCCUUUGAGAAUAUUCAGAACUGGAUGAAGAGCAUCAAAGAGAAUGCCUCAGCUGGGGUGGAGCGCCUCCUGCUGGGGAACAAGUGUGACAUGGAGGCUAAGAGGAAGGUACAGAAGGAGCAGGCUGAUAAGUUGGCUCGGGAACACGGAAUCCGAUUUUUCGAGACUAGUGCCAAAUCCAGUAUGAAUGUGGAUGAGGCUUUCAGUUCCCUGGCCCGGGACAUCUUGCUCAAGUCAGGAGGUCGGAGAUUGGGAAACAGCAGCAAGCCCUCCAGCACCGAUCUGAAAACUUGUGAAAAAAAGCACACCAACAAGUGCUCCCUGGGCUGAGGAUCCCUUUCUGCCUCCCCUCCCGGCCUGGAGGCUGAACCUGAGGGAGGCAGGGCUCAGGGGCUGCAUGGGGAGAAACAGUAGGUGGGGCAUGGCGAGGUAAAGAUGAGUAGAUGGUGAAAGAGUGGGGAGAAAAUGGAGAAGAAAAAAAAGGAAAGUGAGAGAAGGAGUGAGUAAAGAAAGAAAGGAGGUAGAAUAGAGAGAAAAGAAGCAAGAAGGGAAAGAAUUGAGGAAGUGAAAAAGGGUGAGAAAGACAUAGGAAGAGAGGGAGAAGAAAAGGAAGGUUAGAUGGCCCUAGGCCUCAGCCCUUCCUUGGGAUUUUAGGGAAAACAUAAAUGUAAAUAAAUAAUUGAUUUAUUUUGUUAUUGGGUCAGGUUUUCAGGUCUUAUGAGAGGCUGGCUCAACACCACCCUUGAAAGUUUGGUCCUAUCCUGUCACUCUGCAUGGUUUUUCUCAGUAUUAAAGCCCACCAUUUGCACAAA